AUACAUCGAGCAUUUCUAUAGGCCCCGUGAAUAAAGUUGGAUUCUUUACUAUUAGAUUUUCUAAACUUAAAAUUUAUGAGAUAAAGAUCAUAGAAAAAAUAUCAUAGUAAAAACUAUGAUCCAUCGUUGAAAGAAGUUAAAAGAAUGCCGAAUCAACACGUCUUGACGCUCCACUGUCCACAUCUCUGAUCCUCAGUUAUGACGUCUGUCUAGUGUAAACAGUUGAAGCUUGGAGGACGCUGAAGUUUGGACUGGGUAGAGGUGCUUGAGCUGACCAACUGAACAUAUUCCGUCAAACAGACAUGUACACUUGUAAAAUUAUGGGCUAGCAACUCUCCUGUUGCAAUUUGAAGUUGAGCUAACAGUGUGGUGAAGAGGACAGAUAGUGUAGAAGGCCUGGUGACGGUGUGGUGUCCAGCGGGUGAGGAAAGAAGAGAGGACUGAGAAAGGAUAACUUGACGGAUGGCGGUGAGCUGGUGACUCCCUCAUGCUGUGAUGGAAGAAUUAAAGAUGGGAUCCUCAGCAAAGGAUUCAAAGAAGGUCUUGAUGAAGUGGUUGGAAGGCAUGAUGGGCUCUCGCUUCUCCAUGGCUUCCUUAGCAUGUAUUCGGCCUGUGAGGGACCAAGUGUAAUGCUAGAGAAGAAAUUGGAAUUAUCACAGUGGGAGAAAGGAAAGAAGUCGAUAAGUUUGUUGCAAGAUAAGGAAGAAGAAGAAAAAAAAUGUGGUACAGUCCCAAGGUGGAGAGCAGCAUGGUAGCGGACCAAUCAGAAGGCGCCAACUGUGUUUACGUGUGAGUCGUGGCGGCCGUCAGCACACGCCACCUCGCCCCCGCCACACCAACUUUCGCUGCUCCUCACACCACCAGGCCGCCUCACACCAGUUCCCGGCCUCACACACGUCGUCCCACAAGCAAGACUCCUCAAAAGAUUCCUCGUGUGUCUUCUUACGUAAUUGGCUGCCACCCACCACGAGACAGUCAAGAUGAAUUUAAUGAAUGUAGCAGCAGUGUUGGUCCUUGCCACCAUAUACACCACAACAGCCCUUAAAUUGGAAGACUGUGAGGUGUGCAUCACAUUCAUGACCAAGUUUUCGGAACAGCUCACAUCAGAUGAAAAGAAGGACACUCAACUUAUUGAAAGAAAAUUCAAGGAAACUUGUGCAGAAGCAAAAGGCAAAGAGAAUCGCUUCUGUUAUUACAUAGGUGGUCUAGUGGAGUCUGCCACAGGAAUUCUUGGAGAGAUGUCUAAGCCUCUUUCAUGGGGCAUGCCCAUGGACAAGGUGUGUGAAAAGCUGAAGAAGAAGGAUGCACAAAUCUGUGAUCUCAGAUAUGAAAAACAGAUUGACCUGAACAAUGUGGACUUGAAGAAGUUAAAGGUGCGUGAUCUCAAGAAGAUUCUGAAUGACUGGGAUGAAUCGUGUAAUGACUGUCUAGAGAAGGGCGACUACAUCAAGAGGAUCGAGACGCUAAAACCUAAAUAUAUGAGAGGGGAACUGUAAAAGAUAAGACUCUAGGAUAUUGACUGUGGGUGGUUAUUUAUUUUGGGUGCAUCGUUAAGUUUGCCAGUACUGACCCUUGAACUGUAUUAGAAUUUCUUGCAUCAUUGGUUCACAUGUAGCAAUGCCAAGCAUUGCUAUAUGGUUCUAUAUUAUAUACUGAUUGAUAUCCAUCCAUUUAAAGGCAUUGAAUCUUGUUCUUAUUCAUGCGUGGUGUUAUUUGUCAUUUCGGGUAUGUUCAUUUACCUUUACCUCUUUGGACAAAGUUUUAGGUCUUAUUUUCCUAAUUGCCUAAUCAUUCAUUUUAUGUUUGUGUGAAGUUUAUGUUUGCAUAUUUGUCAUGCAUUUGUUACAUUACAUACUUAAAUAUUGCAAAGCAAUCCCCUCCUGUUAUUUUUGACAUUCACACGCUCAAAGUGGAGAAAACAAGAUUUGAAUUUUAUAAGUGUUAAUAAACUGUUUUGUAUGAA